AUGUCUGCCGAUUUCUGGGCCGGUUACACAUCAGGCGCACUCGGGAUCUUGAUUGGAAACCGCCUGGAUGUUCUGAAGGUGCGAGCUCAGGCAAGUACCGGCAGCACUCAUACGGUUACGGCUCCAGAACUCGGGACCAACCUUCAGAAGUUCACAGCCUUGUUUCGGGGUGCUGCAGCACCAAUACUAGGCUAUGGUGCUCUGAACUCGAUUCUUUUUAUGACCUUCAACCGGUCAUUGAAGCUCAUGGACCCGAGUAUAUUUGACUAUACUAAACUUGCUGGCGUUGACCUAGGCAAGAUUUGGGUCGCUGGUGCAAUUGGAGGCCUGGCAAGUUUCGUGGUAUCCGCGCCUUCUGAGCUCAUAAAAUGUCGGGCUCAGCUAGUCGUUGAUGGGCAAGGGUCGUCCUAUGCUGUAUUCAAGGACAUCUGGAAACAUGGCGGACUGCGAGGUUUGUACUAUGGUGGCACAAUAACUAGCCUAAGAGAUGCAUUUGGAUACGGCUGGUAUUUCUGGUCAUACGAGCUGAGCAAGCGGUUGCUUCUAUCAAGACAGCCCGACCCAUUCGUGUCACCAACAGCGUCGGACGUGUUGAUUAGCGGAGGUAUCGCGGGUGUCAUCACCUGGGUGUCCAUCUACCCAUUGGAUGUGAUCAAGACUCGUCUCCAGACAGAACCCGCAUGGCAUCCUGAGAGGCAGGGACUUCUUCCAGCAGAUGGCGCAGUCCGUCAUCGUGCGCCUACAUCCCUCGAUGUGGCGCGCGAAAUAUGGCGCAGUGGCGGAAUUGGUGGAUUCUAUCGUGGCGUGGGAAUCUGUAGCCUGCGAGCAUUCUUCGUGAAUGCAAUCCAGGUAGGCGUGGCUCUGUCGAAUUGGCCGCUGGUCACUAACAUUGACGAUAGUGGUACGCUUAUGAAAGAAUCAUGGCGCUCCUUGGCGGGCAGAAAUCAUGAUCUCUUCGUCCACCAGCACUUCACCUCCUGGCUUCAUGCGCACGUGACGCUCGACCUGCUCAUGCAAGGCAGCAUACCCAAGGGCCAGAAGUGCGCUUUCAGGCUGUUAAAUAUUUGCAGAUCGAUAUCCGCUCAAAGGACUCGUGGAUGA